ACAAAAGAUAAGCUCUUUUGACCAUAAUCAGCAAAACACACUUUAUAAAGAUUCCUCACUAUGUCGAAAUCCGGAGAGUUCACAUUUCGGCGUGCUCAAGCUGAAGAUAUUAAAGAUGUGCUCUCCAUGAUUCAGGAACUGGCCGACUUUGAGAAGAUGAGCAAUGGUCCCCAGCUAACAGAGGAAGAUCUUAAACGCGAUGCAGGUCUCACUGGUGGCCAGGAGUAUUGUGAAGUCUAUGUGCUUGUAGACAACGAUACUGAUCAGGCGAUUGGGUACUCCAUUUGCUACAAGGCAUACUCAACGUGGCAGGGACGGUACUUCUUCGUCGAAGACAUCUAUGUGCGCCCCGAGCACCGAAAACGCGGCGCCGGAAAGCGAAUCUUCUUGGAGGUUGCAGCGCGGGCAGUAGAGCUUCAGUGCCCUCGCCUGGAGUUCAAUGUACUUGAAUGGAAUCCUGCACGCAAGUUCUACGAAAGUCUUGGUGCCGUGGAUUUGACGGAUAAAGAGGGCUGGCACUACUACCGCGUCGAGGAGCAGCAACUGGCCAAAUUGGCCGCGGAUCUGAGUGCACAAAAAUCGUAAAUCGAUUUGAUUUUCAAUUUUUACUACUUUAUAGUAGGACGAUAAAUAAUUAAUAAUACUUGGCCAUGGGCCAUAUGUGCUAUGAGUA